AUGGAAGCUGUAAAGGACACUAAGUGGAAGAAAAACAUGUUUUUGAAGGCGUGGUAUCGAUCACUCACUGUUGGCAGCAAGAAACCUUCAAAGAAUUCUAUCAGCUUAUUCACAAAGAGCAGGUCAUGGCACAGCACGACAAAACCAGGUGAUCAAGAAGAUGGUAGUAGUAAUAAUAGGAAAAAGAAGAAGAAUCAAGUGGCUCCAGAUGGUUGCUUCUCGGUCUAUGUAGGGGCUGAAAAACAAAGGUUUGCUGUCAAGGCAGAGUUUGCUAAUCAUCAAUUGUUCAAGAUGUUGCUAGAAGAUGCUGAAUUGGAAUAUGGACACAAUAGUGAAGGUCCAAUAUUGCUUCCUUGUGAUGUUGAUAUGUUCUACAAAGUUCUGGCAGAGAUGGAAAGCGAGGAUGAUGAUGAUGAGAUGAUGAUUAGUACUCCAAGGUGCACCUCAUUACCUCUUUGCAGUCCUGCUCGUCGAUUCAAUACUAAAAAGGGUGGUUUUGCAGGUGCAUAUAGAAUUCUCGGUCCAUCAAGAAUACUGAAGUUGAAUAAGUUAUAG